AGUGGCGCUGGGCGGGCCGGCUGUGACCACACUGUGCCGCAACACGUAGACAGAGACAGAGACCGAGAGACGGAGGGACGGAGACGGAGAGACGGAGAGCGGGAGAAAAGGGGCGUGUAGUGAGUGUGUAACGUGUAAACCUGGAACUGGUAGAGGCAAACCGGGAAACAUAAAUCGAGAAGAAAAUGGUGUGAAAGGCAGAAAGCUGAUUGCGUGGGUAUAAGAGCAAUAAAAAAGAGAAUAACACGCGCCAACAAGAAAUAAUAGACAGCAAACGUGCGCUGAGUGGGAAACGAAGCGAAGAACCAAAAGUCGAAUGAGUGGAAAGAGGCGUUUGACGUUGAUCGCGCGCAGACAGGAGUAAAAGGUGGCGAAGAGAGGCGGCGCCCAGGCAUGAAAAAGGUGGAGCGGCACACUGCGUGGUGCCAGGAGGCCUGAUGUCACAGCAGCCGGUGCCGCGCUCGGCGGCGGUGGGGCCUCUGCAGAGGCCGGCUUCGGGCGCCCCGCCGGUCCACACCCACACAUACACGCGCGGGAAGUCACUCAGUCGACGGGGCAAACACCCGCCCGGCCCCGAGUUCUCCAACCGCCACCAGACCAACAAGAUGGUGAAGGAGCUGAGUCACGUGAUCUCCUGUUUCCGCCACCUGACGGUGGGAUUGGGAAGCUCCGGAGACGGCCGGCAACUGCGCGCUGACCUGACCUGUCUGCGCACCCUCAUCACCCAUCUGGUCAAGGUCAUCCGGGUCACGCUGGAGGCGCACACGCAGAAAUG